AUGGAGGAGGUGGCGCGGCUGGCGAAGAAGCACAACCUGAUCGUGCUGAGCGACGAGGUCUACGAGUGGAUGACUUAUGACGACGCCACGCACAUCCGCAUGGCCAGCCUGCCCGGCAUGUGGGAACGCACCAUCACCCUGGGAAGCGCCGGGAAGUCGUUCUCGGUGACGGGGUGGAAGGUCGGGUGGGCCAUCGCACCGCCGCACUUCACCACCGCUCUCGGGACCAUCCACCAGUUCGACUGCUUCACACACGGCACGCCCCUCCAGGAGGCCAUCGCCGUCGCCUUCGAACAAGCCGAGGAAAAGAACUAUUUUCCCGACCUGAAGCAGAUGUACUGGCGCAAGCGGGACAAGCUGGUGGCGACGCUGCGCGACUGCGGCCUCGCGCCGGUGGUGCCCAAGGGUUCCUACUUCGUCAUGGCCGACACGUCCUCCAUUCCGUCGUCCGUCUUCAUGGGCAAGGGCAAGGCCGAGCCGGGCAUCGGCGGCGACGGCCCCAAGGAAGAGACCCGCAGCUACCAGUUCUGCCGCUGGCUCACGCGCGAACUCGGCGUGGGCGCGAUUCCGCCGUCGGCGUUCUUCUCGAAGGAGAACGCGCACAUUGCGGAGAACUUUGUGCGGUUCACCUUCUGCAAGCGGGACGAGGUGCUCGACGCCGCGGCCACCAAGCUCCACAAGCUUCGCGACCUCUCCGCGCAAUAA